CGGUCUCUCUGCGUGGCGAGGAAACCCGGCAGAAAUCCAGGUUCAAAACGCAAAGCGCAGCUCGAGCGCCCAGCGGUUCGUCUGCACAGCAGCUGCGCCACACCGACUUCUCGGCCACAGCGCACUAUUAAGUAUCACUCCGCACGCACAUGUACGUUCCUCUCACUUUGUUUAUUCAACAACAACACACAUAAAACUACCACACAUGGCCGAUAACCACUACUAAGGUGCACCGGGGUUCCUUCAGAUUUUAACACUGGCAGGAAAAUGACGGCAGUGCCCCAUGAGGGGGUGGUUUACAAGUCGCUACCUCGAUAAUAACUGCCAACAGUAAUUGAAGAAGAAGCUGAUCACGCAGCCCCGGAAUGUGCACAUCCGCGCAAAAUACGGGGACUUGUGAGUAAGAAAACUGGGCGCCUAGGCGAGAGAGCAUCGUAACAAAACCCCCUCGGUACCCUCGCAGGCUCCGUCGGCCCGAAGUACCGCGGUCCGGUAGAUCCAAACGGUAAGAUGUCCCUGGUGGAUCUGGGCAAGAAGCUGCUUGAGGCAGCCCGGGCAGGACAGGAUGAUGAAGUCCGUAUUCUGAUGGCUAAUGGAGCACCGUUCACUACAGACUGGCUUGGAACGUCACCCCUGCACCUCUCGGCCCAGUAUGGGCAUUAUUCCACCACAGAAGUCCUGCUCAGGGCAGGGGUGAGUCGGGAUGCCAGGACCAAGGUGGACCGAACCCCCUUACACAUGGCGGCUUCAGAGGGCCACGCUCGUAUUGUGGAGGUGCUGCUGAAGCAUGGAGCUGACGUGAAUGCCAAAGACAUGCUGAAAAUGACAGCCCUUCACUGGGCCACAGAGCAUGGCCAUCGAGACGUCGUGGAGCUUUUAAUAAAAUAUGGUGCUGAUGUUCAUGCACAGAGUAAAUUCUGCAAGAAUGCACUGGAUAUUGCAGUUGACAAUGCAAACGAAGAACUGGCAGAAAUUCUUCAGGUGUCCAUGCAAAACCAGAUCAACACGAACCCAGAAAGUCCCGACACAGUCACGAUACACACAGCUACGCCUCAGUUUAUAAUUGGUCCUGGAGGAGUGGUGAAUCUCGCAGGCCUGGUUUCGGCUGCCAAUUCCUCAAAAUCAACAGAUGAAGCGGGUGUGUCAACAGUACAGUUUGGCAACUCAUCAACAUCAGUAUUAGCUACAUUAGCAGCUUUAGCAGAAGCAUCUGCUCCCUUAUCCAAUUCAUCUGAAACUCCAGUAGUUGCAACAGAAGAAGUGGUAACAGCAGACUCAGUGGAUGGGGCCAUUCAGCAGGUCGUCAGCUCUGGGGGGCAGCAAGUCAUCACUAUUGUUACAGAUGGCAUCCAGCUUGGCAACUUACAGACAGCAAGUGGCAUAGGCCAGCCCAUCAUCGUGACAAUGCCAGACGGCCAGCAAGUUUUAACAGUGCCGGCCACAGACAUUGCAGAAGAGACUGUAAUCAGCGAAGAGCCAUCUGUCAAGAGACAACGUAUAGAGAUAAUUGAAAAUCAUGUGGAAAACACAGGAAUUGAAGAGAAAGAAGCUCUACAGAAACAGUUAGAGGAGGCUAAUCGGGAAGCCCAGAAGUACCGGCAGCAGCUUUUGAAGAAGGAGAAGGAGGCCGAGGCAUACAGGCAGAAGCUAGAGGCGAUCACUCGACACCAGUCUCAUAAAAAGGCCGUGUGAGCAGACGGGAGGGGGACGGACUCGAGAAAGGCUGCUCUCAGGCGAGCGGUUGAAACAGUGUAACAGGCAGUGGGGAGGGUUUGUGGUCGCUCUUCGUCAUUUUACCCACAGAUGGAGGCGUGUGGAAGGAAGAUCCCCCACAUGCUUCUCCAGGUAGAAGAACUGACCGGGCCCAUGGCAGGGUCCUGGAUUGUCCAUUCUUCGUUAUGGAAAGCUUUCUGCUAUGAAAAGACAUUUUCUUCACUAUAAAAGCACUUCUUGUACCAAUAUCGGUGUGUAAAUAAUCCUGAGUACGGGCUGAAUUUAAUGCCGGUGUUUUAUUCUUCAUUUGUGUUUUUUUUUAAUAAAAGGAAGGUGGUGCUAUAGAAGUUUUGCCUUUGCACUGCAGUGACACCCAGAUAAAACAGAAUCUUCUUACCUUUUCAAGGAGAACCAAGAAAUCAGGCUGAAAGGGGUGAAUUUGUGUAUUUUGUGUUUUGGCAGAUCGGUGUAGCAAUGUGGGUUUUACUAUACAGAAAUGAAGAAAUGAGCUUAGCCUGAUAGUGGUGUCCAUAAAAAAAAAAUAAAAACCUUGCAAAAAUCAAAUUCAGUUUGAUUUGGUCACAGGAUGAAUUUGGUGAAUCUUCACAGCUUGUGUAUUUCAGCACAUGGUGGAAAUCCUACAUUGUCUGCCAAAGUUAGACACUACAUAAUAUGGGAUACUCCAACUGUUUUUUUUAGCAGACGGCUCUCUUCGCUGCUGUGUGAUUCCAGUACAGAUACCUGAGCCUUGUGGUAUGCUCUUGGCUCCUUAAGCCUCCCUAAGGGCAUUAAGGCCAAAAUCCCUACAAAUUCACUUUGAAUGUUCUAGUUACAAUGGAAGGAGUCUUUUCAGUGUCAUGUUUUACUGUAUCUGUGCCUCAUGGCUCUGCAACUGAGGUUGGAUAAGAACCAAGUUCUGAUUUGUCAGGAAUGAAAUGAAAAGGUGAGCUGCCAUUCUCUGCUUAUACACAUCUCGGACACUCUUCCCGAUACUAAGAGCACUACCAGACUGAAAUGAGAACUGGCUUUUAAAUGUCAUGUAUUUAAUACAUUUUAUGUAGUUGAUUGAGCCUUCUCGCAUAAAUUUGUAAAGGAGUAGUUUUUUUUCUUUUUAUAUUUCUCUUUUAAAAUAAAUGAAAUCAUGUUUGAAGGAUGAA